AUGACUUGUCCUUGCGAUGUCUGUCAGAGAAAUGUCAGAACAUGGACUUGCAUUCAAUGCAACAACGAUUCGUUCUGUGAUGACUGUUGGGGAAAAGAGCGAGCACAUCGACCAGGCGCCGUGGGGUUUGAUGGCAAACCUCACGAGAAAACCGAUCGAAAGGUGGUUGAGCGUCUGCGAAUGAUUCUUGAUCCCAAAAGAACUGCGGAGGACAAGAUUAAGGAGCAUCAGAAUGAUGAAGAUACCACUUGGUUCGGUAUUGCUCGCGACUCCGCAAAUCUCCCCAUAUUUCGGGACUAUGAGAGAUAUGCGACAAUCAUGGCUCAAAGUCGCACGAGCCAGAUCAAUGUUCGAUAUCCUCAACUUGUGUCUUUCAUAGGACAAACGGGAGCCGGAAAGAGUACCCUGGUCAAGAUGUUAAUCGAUAACCAAGAAAACGAGAUGAACAUUGCCCACGAGUCGAAAUUCCCUUCGCCAGUAACAGGCGCGACUGGAGAUAACCUCCCAACCUCAGGGGAUGUACACUUAUACUCUGACCCAGCCACUUACUACAGCGCCAAGCCGAUGCUGUAUGCGGAUUGCGAGGGUCUCGAUGGAGGCGAAAAUGUUCCAAGAGGAGCAAGAUAUAAGAUACGUGAUGAUGCUGCUCCGCAGGCUGCGCGAGCUACCAGUGCGAAAAACGAUCCAACAUUCCGUCGUCGAAUCCGUAAGGUCGCUCAUAGCUCACAACGAGAUAUCAUAUGGGCAACCACUCCAGAAACUCGAAAGAGAGAGUAUGCUGUGACAGAGCUCUAUCCUCGUCUACUGUAUACGUUCUCGGAUGUAGUUGUAUUCGUUCUGCGAAACUCAAAGGUCUUCGAAUCGGUAGUGCUAGAGAAACUACUUGAUUGGGCAUCAGCAUCAAUCGAAAGUUCCUUGAAUCAACCGGCACUUCCUCACGUUGUAAUCGCCCUGAAUGCCACCGAACUUACCAUAGAUGACAAGCAAUGGGACAUCGAAGAGGCCACCAGAAUCUUGAUGUCAGACAUCGAAGGUGCGAUUGCACGCGUGCCACGCUUUGCAGAAUACGCCCGGAUAUGGAAUCAAAGGGGUCGCCCAAUCAAAACAACCAAAGAUCUCUUGGAGUGCUACUACUCUUCGGUUACCGUCAUCAGAAUACCGACCCAUGGGCGAUACAUGCUCAUCAAUGAUCAGAUUGGAAAAUUGCACACCGAGAUCAAGAGGUGCUGCGAGCUUUCACACUGGACGAAAAAACGAGUUCGAAUGAUAUCCACCGAUGAAAAGCUGCAAGUUUUUCUUCAAUCCGCUUUCGACCACUUCUCUCAGAAUCUCAACGUCCCAUUCGACUUUGUCAAGGAAGCAGUCAAGAACAACCCAAUACCACGUGACAUCGGAGGCAACAUUUUGAAACUCGCCAUCGCUGUUAGAGAGCACAAUCAUUUUGCUGACCCAUACGAUGGAGCCAAGAUAUUUUCCGAGCUUAGCAACAUGGUGGCCUCGUGCUUGAUGCUCACUUCUGCGCGUCAGAGUUUUCUAGGUUCAACAGAGCAGUUGCUAGAUGAUUUCUACGCCGAGCUUUGCGAGGAUGCCUUAUUUAACUUUUGCAACAUGUACUGGCCAUGUUCCUACAGGAAUCAGUAUGGCAAAUGCUGUAACAUGAAGUCCGGCCACAAUCCCAAAGGCCACCAGAACAGCGCCGGCAAAAUCAUUGGGGCAGGUGGAUAUCAGUCUGAUUUCGUGUUCGAUGAUUACGCUGAUCGAUUCAUCGAUGAGAUUCGGGCUAACCUCAAGAAAAUUCAACAAGAAGUCUACGACCUGACAUUCAGACGAAAGAGGCUCACAGAAGAAGAAGCUGCGUCAGAAGUUCACAGACAGUACAUGAACCUGUUCUAUCAAAAUGUCGGCGAUGUGUACCAUUUUGUCAGUCACUCAACAUGCUUUUCAUGCCUGAGAGAGCUCCCGGAACAUCCCCUUCCCUGUGGUCACGUUCUUUGUACGCCCUGCGUCAAAGCAUAUGGCCAGCAAUACGAAAAGACGGUAAUAAAACUGGACUCUUGUCCUCUACACCUCGUCGAAACGGAAUUUCUGAACGAUUUCCCUUGGAGGAUCAAGGUCAAACCCUUGCACGCGGGGACACGGAUUCUCAGUCUUGAUGGGGGUGGAUGUCGCGGCAUCGUUGAGCUAGAAGUCUUACGAGCCAUCGAAAAGGCACUUGGCGGCGAGUUGCCCAUUCAGGCAUUUUUCGAUCUGAUUGUGGGCACUAGCACCGGUGGUAUCAUUGCGUUGGGCCUUGGAGUCGAGAAUUGGUCUGUUGAGGAGUGCAUCAACAAAUUCACUGGCUUAUGUGGGCAAGCAUUCGUCCCACGAGAAUUCAUCAACAUUCCUGUAAUUGGUCUUCUUACAACAGCGAACCAUGGCAGCAGAUAUAAAACGAAGCCUCUUGAGGCUGCAUUGCAGGCUUCUUUCCAAGACCGCCCACUGUUUGGUGGUUCCAGCCAGGAGGGGCACAUGAUCAAAGUGGCGGUCACGUCCACGACAGUACUCGAUCAGCAGCCAAUCCUCCUUGCAAACUAUAAUCGACCAGACCAGAGAGAUCCACGAGAUUAUCGUAAUGCCCGAGCUACCUCCGCUGCUCCCCCCUACUUCAAGAACUUCAUCAAAAACGAGACCAAGAACGGUUAUAUUGAUGGUGCACUUUACCACAACAACCCUGUGAAGAUUGCUCAUCAAGAGAGGAUGUUAAUCUGGAAGGACGUCAGCAAUAGAGAGCCUGAUAUCUUUCUUUCAAUUGGAACGGGUCACCAUGGCCGUGCAGAGGAUCCAAGUUCGCCUUCCAAAGGGAGUGGCCUCAUCCGGCGGAAGGAAUUGAAUCGCUCCAGGAAAGAGGAACCCAUGCCAACACCCAAUGUGCCGGUGCCAACAGUUCGAAAUUUUACGGCCCUAGGUCAGCUGUGGAACACAGCCACUUCAGUUUUCGACAAUAUUCUGAACUGUACAAAGAUCUGGAACGAUUUCCGUGUCGACUUCUCCCGGCAGCGAUACAUUCGACUCAAUCCUGAUCUCGGCUUUCCAGUUCCGAAACUGGAUGACGUGGAGAGAAUGCCUGAUGUACAGAAGGCCGCAUAUGAGCAAAUUCACACGAAUGCUCGUGUCAAAGAGAUCGCUCAUCGUUUGAUCGCCAGCACUUUCUUCUUCGAAAAGACAGAAGCUUCGACCAAGGAACGAGAAGGAGGCUACGACACACUCGUGAUACAAUUCUCUAAUACUUUCGUUGUAGGAUUUUUGUUUUGCCGGUUUCAUAUCGGCACAGAGGAGACAAAAGCCCUGGGUCGGUACUUGGUGAAAUGCUUCAAAGGCAACUUUGAGCCAUAUUUCGUCAUCGAAGAUUCUCAAAACUGGGACACCGUCCAGAAACUACCUAUUACCGAAGAGAUUGUUAAAGACAUGGUUUUGAAAGGACGUUUCAUAAUGGACCGAGUUCAAAUCGUUGUUGUAAAGCAACUCGCCGAAAUAUCAAUAUCGCUUUGUCUCCAGGAUGACGGAUACCCCUUUGCUUCGAACUCGCAUCUACCCAUUAGCGGAUUUCCGAGAACACUGAUGAUUGAAGAUAUCCCACAACGUAACGGUUCGCUCAAAGCACCAGCCCGCCGUCGGCGCAGACACGCGGCCAAGCCCCAAUCAGCCAACACCUCACCAGAAGCAUCCGCCAAUGCUUCCCUCCGAAGAGUUAAGUCUUCAUCAAACCUCAGGGAAGGAUCGUCGUCUUCAACUGCCUUCCCAGCGUCUCCUGAUGAUGUUGCCCAGUGGACCCAACGUCGUCGAAACUCUAUCGAUCAGCUAGCCCAGGAGGGAUUCUUUGAGCUUGAUGAUACUAGUCCGGCUCUGGCGCCAUCAGAGAUGACCUCUGAUGAUGCUUUCACAGUCAGAGGUGUGAGAGCUCAGCCGCCGAGAAGAAGGAGUAUGUUCCGACUUGUGGUCUAG